GCAGAGAUGCAAAACGGUUCCCCUCGGCCGGCGGGACCGACGAGCGAGCGACUCCUCGUCUCGGCGCGAGAGAAAGCUCAAAGUUGGCAAACGAUGCGAGCGAUUGAUUUAUUCGUCGCGUCGGACCUCUCGCGUGACAAACGAGCCGCUAACGUGAGCCUCUGCCGCCGUUUGCCGCUUCUCGGUGCCGUUUGCGCUCGUUACGUGACGCGAGUCGGGAGCGUCGCAGUUCUGCUUUCUUCCGGGGGAAAGCGUCAAAAUGGGAACAUUCUGAAAGCGGCGCAUCGUCUUGCGUGUACGCCACAGAUAACCGCUUCUGGAAUCAGAUGGAAAGCAAACUCAUUUCUUCGUCACUUUCCUUUUUUCUACGAUGAUGCACUUUUACUUGAGUCGCAUUAUUUCUUGUCCGGUCAUAGUACUCUUACUCGAGUACUACGUUUGGCUACUCUCCCCACCUCUGGAGCAGGCAUCCUCUCUUGCUACUCUUCCGUUGAAGCGACAUCGUCGCUCAUCAGAUCGGCCGGUGUGGUAUUUGUUGCGCCGGUCUUUCGUACGUUGGCGUCGAGGCGCCGCGGGUCGCGGCCCCGAGCGGAACCGCCGAGCACACGUAACGUCGACGACAAGAGCUGAACCGCUAGUACGUUUUGUAUUCAUUUGGAAAUGCGCCUACAAUUAUCGAAUUAGUUUACUGAUGUUAAUGUUAAAUGUCUUAAGCGCUGUUAAGGAUUAUGUCACAACGCGAAAUGAAUUCACUUCAAAUUCAGGAAUGGCCGAUGAAAACAGAAAAAAUAUUUUGGAACUUAAUAUUUUCCCGGAAAAUGAAGUGAAACAGACGACGAUUGGAGUCAAUUCUUUUCCAGAACGAGAGGACGAUGCUAUUCGCGUGGCACGGCCUGAAGCUGGCAUCGGCUGGGCCAAAACUAAAAAGCAAAGAAAUGAGGCCCACUUCAUUUGAAUGCUAAAUUUGUCCAUCAACAUGGACUUGAGCGCUGGUCUUUUCCUAACCUCGAACAAAAUGUCCAGCUUGAACUCUCUUUUUUGAGGAAUAUUGACUCAUUCUAUCACCGUGUUGCCACAGUUACCUUGAAAAAGGAACUUGCUUUGCCAAUGACUUCAGCUUUAAAGUAACUCCGGUACUUUAUUGAUGACUUGUUUUCGAAAGCAACAAAGUUAGAUGACAACUUACUUCCGUCAAGCGGCACACGAGGGCGCUAGACUCCGCACCAAGUUGUUUGCUCUCACUUUUCAUUGGUAAUAUUAUUUCGGCUAAGUAUCGCAAGUCCUUACCUCCGUGACGAACGAUUUCGCAAUGAACGAGUAACCCGCGACGCAUGGCGCGCUUAACACGCCAGAAAAACUCUAUUCUUGGAAGAGCAAAGAGAAGGUUGAUGGAUGACGUGAGGGCAGUUGGUGUUCGAGAGGAGGACGCGCUAAAGGGACAAGCCCGAAGAAGAAGAAGAAGAAUCAAAUACACCUUUUACUAAGCCUAAGGAAAAUAACAAACAUAGUGUGGCGGCAGCGAAGCCGUGCAUUUCUGCGCAUUUUGAAUAUUUUCUGCACCUUCGCUGUGGGCCGGAUGACAAACGAUGAGGCGCCAGUCAUCGUCCGCAAUACGUCGGCCGAGAAGCGGCCAAAUGCGUUUGGACGGAUGAGCUGCUGCUUCUUCAAACCGUCAGCCACAAAUGACUGCUUGUCAGGAGACCUUGUUGACGAGCGUCGCUGUGAUCAACUAAGUCGCUGUAAUCUCGUCCAGUCACGCGUUGCUCGUUACUCAAAAUGGCGUCCAUUUACGGGCAUCGUGGUUGCCGCCUGCUGCCACGCGGGACUCGUUUGCCAUGUUGGCGCUCGCGAGUCAAGGCAAACACUCGUACGUAGGCUCGCUCGUACCUCGAGGCAAAAGUGCUGCAGAAUGUCACUUUCAUGAGAUGACAUCAUCACUGUCAUCCAUGACAUCAUUAGAGUUACUUUGGGAACCUUCCAUGGUUACAAUUUCAGUUGCGUUUGAAUUAUUUUUUUUUUUCUCUCCCCUCCCCCCAUCUCUUCCGCCGCGUAAAGCCGACGCUUGCGAUUGGCUCUCCUUGGUCAUGUGCCGUUCUGCCGCAGUGGCAAACGUGACCUAUUGUUCCCCGAUAUGACCUCAACUUGCCAACUCUGUUAUCUGAGAUUUGGAAAAGGUUCGACUCCUCGUUCCACUUUUGAACACGCGAAAGAACAUUGAUUCUUGAACACUUUUUUACGGACCGUCCGCUUGUCGGAUUUGUCAAAUCGAGCGAUAUUGUCGAAAUUGUGCACAUUUGUCAUUAGGCCGACACGGUAUCAUGUUUUCCCCGUGCUGUACUCAUAUAAUGCAACAAACAUUUGUUAUGACGUAUUUACAUGUCGACAUGUUUGGUUAUCAGUGUAUUAUUUGUGUCAAGAGAACCAAAACAAACGACGUGUGCUCGGAAUGCCCUUUUUUCAAGGAAACAUCCGACGGUCCCGUCGACGCGUUCGUUCCGAAUCAACGAGUAACGAGUAAUAUUAGUUUGAGAAAGUCUUUGAAAGGGUUCCGCCACGACUCCAUUUUCAACAGCGUAACUUUGUAAUUGUAACCGACUACCUUUCCAAAGUCAUCUUCCCGACACGGUUCGUAAUGCAACUCAGUUGCUUUGAACGCCGAGUCGUCAGUAAAGUGAGUCUUUUUUUCCAGGUCACCGUGGCAACACGGGCCCCGACUCGGCGGGUCGCCGAGACGCUCGGACGGCGAAGCGUGCGUGUCGCUCUUUGUCACGCGUCUCCAACGCAGCAGCCGAUGGCUUGAUCGGCGGCAUGUGACGCGGGGCGCAUGUGGCGAGGGGUCGCGCGUGACGGCGGCCAGCUAACCGAAGUCAGCAGCUUUCAAUCGGACGACGCGCAGCACAAGCGCGCCUUUGUUCGUCCGCGCUGUGAAACGCGAAGAAUGUCGGACGAGCGCGACGCCGCGCUGAGCUUUUCGUUCGUAGUCAACGAACAAAGGCGUUAGCGUUUAGCCCGUAAGAUGAUUUCGAUGCUAACGUGCGGUCACUGUGACGCUAGUUGGCAGUAAAGACAAAGAGAAAGUCAAGAGAUUUGACUUUCUCCACCAUAGAAGAACUUCAACGGUUGUCGUACGCUGCGCCUACACCCUAAAAGGCAUCUUCCCGCCCGCGAGGCUGACCACUUUAGAGUGCCUCGUCGUCGGCCGUGAGUGGACGCACAUCGCACAGGCAAAGGUGGACGAGAGCGACGAGGGCGGAAGCGUGUGUGCGAGAAAGUGUGUGUGUUUGCGCGUGUGAGAGUGACCGCGUGCGACGUAGUCCGUUCAGAGCGCCUCGUUGUCGCAGCGUGGAAAAGCCUCGCCGCAACCGGCUGGAGAGUUUUUGUUUUUUGAUGGGGCGGCUCAGACGAGUUGUUCGGGGUCAUGAAGGAACACUGCCGAUUUUCAGAUUUGGCAGGCUUGUUGACAACUCUUCAAUCGACGAACCAUGAAGUUUCAUUCCGCUCAAAUGUGUGCAAGCGGUUCGAGUUUCGCUCUGAGCGACCCAUCGGAGCCCGGAAAAAAUACUGACGUCAUCCACGCGAACGAACUCGAAAUGUGGUCGGUUGAGGAAACGGUCCAAUUGUUCCUUUCCGUUCCACGUGAUCGUGAAGCCGCCGGGCGGAUUGGGUUGACGUGGCAACGCGCAGGCCGCAAUCUCAUUGGACAAAAAACAUGCAGGACUACAAGCGGCUAAUUGAAGGGUGUCAAAGUGAAAGCGGGGCUCCCGGCUUGUCCCGCGGCUCGCUGCGCCCCGAUUGGCUGCCACGCCGCAACGUGAACGGGCGGUAGCCCCGCCCGUGGCGAUGACGUCACCCCGAAGCCUUUCUCAUAAGAGCAGCGGCACCGCGACAGUCGUCGUCGUCGUCGUCAUGUGGGCUCCACGCCUGCGGCUCGCGCUCAAGGCGGCCGCGGCCGCGCGCUCCGCCGCCGCCAGGCAGCGUCACGGCGGCGGCGGCGAGGCGGGCAUCCUGCUGGACGUGGACGGCGUGCUGCUGCGCGGCGGUCGCGUCAUCCCGGCGGCCCGACGAGCCUUCCGGAAGCUGCUGGACGCCGACGGCCGCUUCCUGUUUCCCGUCGUCUUCGUCACCAACGCCGGAAGUUGUCAGCCGCAACGCAAAGCGCAACAGCUGUCGGCGCUGCUGGACGUGCGGAUCAGUCCGGAUCAAGUGGUUUUGUCGUACAGCCCUCUGCGGAUGUUGUCGAGCUUCCACGACAAGUGCGUGCUGGUGUCGGGCCAGGGACCCGUCUCGGACAUCGCCCGCUCUUUGGGCUUCAAGAAGGUGGUGAGCGUGGAGAAGCUUUGCGAACAGCACCCCCUGCUGGACAUGGUCGACCACAACAGGAAACCCCGACCGCCCUCGGAGCUUCAGCCGGAGUCGGCCCAAAUCGAAGGUAAGAGCGGCCGGUCGCGCAAAACGUCCACGGCGAUCACGUGUGGCGUUCUCGCAGCCGUGGUGCUGUUCGGCGAGCCGGUGCGCUGGGAGACCAACCUGCAGCUGCUGCUGGACGUGCUGCUGACCGACGGCCGCCCGUCCCGCGCCUACCGGCCGCCGGCGGUCCAGCUGCCGGUUCUGGCCUGCAACCCGGACCUGCUCUGGAUGGCCCGGGCGCCCUCGCCGCGUUUGGGCCACGGCAUGUUCCUGCUGUGCUUGGAGUCGGCCUACAAGAAGUUGACGGGCGGCGAGUUGCGCUACGAGGCGCUGCUGGGGAAGCCCGGUCUGCUCACGUACCGCUACGCCCGACGCGCGCUCACGCGCAGCAACCGCCACCGCGACGUCCAAACCAUCUACGCCAUCGGCGACAACCCGAUGACGGACGUUUACGGCGCCAACCUUUACGAUCGCUACCUGGCUCGGCAGCACAAGCGCGCGAUGCCGGCGACGGGAAGUCGGGCGGGCGUGGCCGAGCCCGACGAGGAGGAGCCGCCGCCCGCCGCUCGCUGUCGAUCCGUCCUGGUAGGUGGCGACCCCCGCUCGGCCGUCGGCGUCACGCGCGUGCGCUCGAGGUCGACGACGUGGCGCUCUCAGCUAGCUGACCGCACGCCGGCGGUUGCGACAAGUGCGAAGGAAGCUCUCAGUUGGGGCGGGGCCGCUCACGCCGGACCGCAAAGCGUGCGACGCGGCGCCCUUUUUUGUCCGAUCCGAUUUCCGAUUGCUAAUCUGCCCGCGACCUUCGCAAUCGCGAGUGCUGGCCCGCAUGACGAAAAACUAGAUUCGGGCUGCAGCUCUUGAAUAUUUUCGAAUGGAUUAUUCCACCCGUUCAUGGAAUUAUCGGAUACAAAUAGAUUUAGCAUGUGACUGUUUACCAGCCGAUUAUUGAUGUUCAUUUGCCGAUUGCGAGCGUCCCGCUUUGCGCGCUGUCGUCAGGUGUGCACGGGGGUCUACGGGCGUCCGUCGGCGUCGGGCCCGGCCCCGGCCCCGGAGAGCGUCUUCCUGCACGGCCACCGGGACAUGACGGCGG